ACUUUUAUUGUAUCACCAUUCAGAAGUAGCAGCGCAUCGCGGAAGAGAAUGUUGAAGAAGAGAGAGACUGGUUGACAUUGGACAUAAAGAGCUGCUGAUGAUUAAAUAAAAACUAUUUUAAUUUAAACGUUUGACUUCAAAGGAAGAGAGGAAACUUCGAUGUGCUGAAAUUAUGUUUGGCCCCAAGAUUCUGUAAGCAGGAGGUGGCAGCGUCAACACCAUAAAAGUCGACUUUCUGUGUCAGUCGCUGCAGCUGCGUUGAAUGAGCAACUAAACUGUUAAUCAUUACUGCCUCGUUUUCUUGGCCAACAAAACUUUUAAAUACCGUAUUAACGAUUUCGCUGAAUAGACACGAUGGCAUAUUUCCUCUCUAACCAAAUAAAUUCAACGGCGUGGAAGCUGCCCUUGGCGUUGAGAACUACUUCGGCACGGUUUGUGCUCACUGAAAAUCAGCGCAGAUACAGCAGUAACACCGGGACGGAGUCUGAAUACUUGCACAGAAGUAUUGUUCCAACCAUGCACUACCAGAAGAGUUUACCGAGAUUACCAGUGCCAAAACUUGAAGACACAAUACGGAGAUACUUGGCAGCUCAAAGGCCCCUUCUAAAUAAUGAACAGUACAGUAAUACAGAGAAGUUGGCACAUGAUUUCCAGAAUGGCACUGGGAAGCAGUUACAUGAGGAGCUUGUGGCUCGUGAUAAAAACAACAAGCACACCAGCUAUAUUUCAGCUCCAUGGUUUGACAUGUACCUGUCUGCCCGUGAAUCUGUGGUCUUGAACUUUAACCCCUUUAUGUCGUUUAACCCUGACCCCAAAUCGGAGUAUAAUGACCAGCUUGUUCGGGCCACUAAUAUGGUGUGCUCUGCAGUACGAUUUAUGAAGACCCUCCGUGCUGGUCUUCUUGAACCAGAGGUGUUCCAUCUAAACCCUGCUAAAAGCAAUACUGAUUCCUUCAAGAAAUUUAUCCGAUGGGUGCCUUCUUCCAUUUCAUGGUUUGGAGCCUACAUGGUGAAUGCAUAUCCCCUGGAUAUGUCUCAGUACUUCCGUCUCUUCAACUCCACGCGCAUUCCCAAGCCCAAGCAAGAUGAGCUCUUCACUGACGAGAAAGGCCAUCACCUGCUGGUCAUGAGAAGAGGUAACCUGUAUGUAUUUGAUGCAGUAGAUAGGGAUGGUAAUCUGGUGAAACCAGCUGAGAUCCUAUCGCACCUCAAGUACAUUUUGGCAGACUCAACACCAGCUCCUGUGUUUCCUCUGGGUGUUCUGACAAGCGAGAACAGGGAUGUUUGGGCAGGACUUCGAGGAAAGCUUCUGGAGGCAGGGAACAGAGAGGCUCUAGGGUUAGUGGACAGUGCUCUGUUCUGCCUUUGUCUGGAUGAGGAGGAGAUGCGUGACCACAUACACAUCUCUCACAACAUGCUUCAUGGGGACGGCUGCAACCGCUGGUAUGAUAAGUCCUUCAGUAUCAUCCUAGCCAAGGAUGGACAGGCAGCUAUCAAUUUUGAACACUCUUGGGGUGAUGGUGUGGCUGUCCUGCGUUUCCAGAAUGAAGUCUUUAAAGACACCACAGAAAAGCCGCUCAUUGGGCCUGGCUCUCAGCCUGCUGCUGUAGACUCGGCCUCUGCUGUCCAGCGGCUGGAAUUCAAGCUAAACGCUGAACUGCAACAUGGAAUAACAAAAGCCAAAGAGAACUUCCAUGCUGCUGUCUCCAAGCUCACCAUUGAUGCCAUGGAGUUCAAGCAAGGGGGGAAAGAACAGCUGAAGAAGAAGAAGCUCAGCCCUGAUGCCAUCGCACAGCUAGCUUUCCAGAUGGGAUUCCUGCGUCAGUAUGGGCAGACCGUAGCUACAUAUGAGUCCUGCAGCACUGCUGCCUUCAGACAUGGCCGAACAGAGACCAUCCGUCCAGCCAGCAUUCACACACAACGCUGUGCUCAAGCCUUUGUUCAACAACCAGACCAGCACAGUGUGGAGCAGCUUCAAGGCCUGCUGGAUGCCUGCUCCAAAUACCAUGGCCAGCUCACCAAAGAGGCAGCCAUGGGACAAGGGUUUGACAGACAUCUUUUUGCCUUGCGCUACCUCGCUAAUUCUAAAGGAAUGACGCUCCCAAGUCUGUACCAGGACCCAGCAUAUGCAGCCAUAAACCACAACAUCCUGUCCACUAGCACUCUCACUAGCCCUGCUGUAAGUCUGGGUGGCUUUGCUCCUGUAGUGCCUGAUGGUUUUGGAGUGGGCUACGGUGUCCAUGAUGAUUGGAUCGGAUGCAACGUGUCCAGCUACCCCGUCAGGAAUGUCCAUGAAUUCCUUCGAUGUGUGCACAAGUCCCUUGAGGACAUUUUUAAUGUUAUUGAAGGAAAACCUCUUAAAUCCAGUUAAGUGCUCUUAGAAAAGAAAUCCACACUAAGACACUUCAUUUAAAGACCUCAUUUUAGUGUGAGAUAAGACCUUAGUUAAAACCUUAUCGUGAGUCUCAUUGCAUUUGAUAUCAUUUACUGUUACAGGUUUACGCUGUAAUUGCUUUAGAUGCAUCACACAAUGUUGGAAGAGAUAUAUAUAUAUAUAUAUGUUCAUUGUUUGAAGCUAAUAAUUGAAUGUAAUGCAGGGAUGUAUUUUCUAACAAAGCAUUUGGAUGAACACAACCUGAUCAUUUUUCUAGAUAUAAUAUUUAUCUGAAACAUUUUCAGCUAAAUACGCAUGAUCUGUAAGUCCAGAAACUCAUCUGCACUUUCAGUCUCAUUGAUGAAGGUAUUGAUAAAAUUCCAUAAAGCUGGACAGGUCAGAAGAACAUUGGCUGUUCAGAAUAUGUCCAUGCUUGUUAUAUCUAGUUUACUGAUUGCAGUUCAUCUAUGUAGCCUUAAUUACAGUGAGGAGCAUAUGAGUUUGGUUUUUUUUCUGUUCAUGUGAUGUGUAGUUGCCACUAUGUAACGUGGAAGAUGCUGUGAAAUGAUGUUAAUGAUAUACACUGUCCCUGUAGAGUUUAAAUAUUUGUAUAUAUUUAAUCUCAGCUGAGAAUGAUCAUUAUUAAUGGACUAAAAAGAGCUGUUUUGCCUCACCAACAAAGCACAGGGGAUGAUUGUGUCCAUUUAUAAUUCAUUUAUAUAAUGAAUAUCUUUGCUCUUAUUUCAUGUGAGCAACACAUUUGUGUCUUUAAGGCAGCAGUCAUCAAUAUUGUUAUAUCAUCAACAUGCCUUUGUUGAUUUUAACGUAUUAAACCAAGGAAAAGCCAAAAUAAAGCUGUUGUUGUUAAAGGUUGA